AUGAGCAAAACAAAGAAAACGCCGCAGAAACAAAGCGAAACAGAUAUAAGAACUACAUCUUUAACACCAGUGCGAUAUCUGGACAGCCCGCGCCUGCAAUCUCCCACAAGUCACGAUGCCACCUUGGCCACCUGCAAAACGCGGCUGGAAACUUUGGUGAAACAACUUCAGGAUAACUAUGCAAAAUGGCAGCUAGCCCAGCAGCGGGGCACUGCCAUCUGCUAUACCAUUGAGGCCAAGAAGACCAAGUGCUUGGAGAAAAGCGAGGAUGAUGACAGCAUCAGCACCGCCUAUCCAGACGACCUGAUCCUCCCGUGCAACAAGUUGGCCAUCAUUGCUUCGAUCUUCGGGGACAUUGCCAACAACACACGCGAAACGCUGAGGCAGCUGCGUGCGCUAACAAAACUACCUGGCGCGGCGGCAGACACCAUAUUCUAUCGCUCCUGGCGGCUGUCGCAGUUUGUGGCCUUUACCCGAGAACUCGCGGAGCGAUACGAAGAGGAGGCGCUGGUCAAGAUACAGGUUUCAGAGAAUAUUGCCCAUUGCACGCGGAGAAGCGAUCUGAUAGCACAUACAUCGCUCUGGGAGUAUCCGGAGCAUGUCGAUGCCUACGUUAAAUUGGGAUUUCUACUGCUGGCCGAGGAACUAAGCUUAAAAUAAUCAACUAUAAAGAUUCAUGCACGUUUUUACAGAA